AUGCCCAAGAAAAUCCUCAUAAUCCUCAGCGACGCCAAAUCCUUCCCCCUCAAAACCCCCACCGGCACCACCCCCCAACAAACCGGCUUCUUCCUAAUGGAACUCGCCAAACCCCUCUCCAAACUCCUCGAAUCCUCUCACGAAAUCACCUUCUCCAGCCCCAAGGGCCUAACACCCGAACCAGACCCGAACAGCGAAUCCCUCCUCGCGUUCGCGGGAAACUUCUACGAGCGCACGCGCGAAAACGAACUUAUUCAAAGAAUGAGGAGGGAGAACGGGUUUAAUAGCCCGAGGCCGUUUGGGAGUAUCAGUGAUGCGGAGCUGGAGACGUUCGAUGGGGUUUUUAUUCCCGGGGGACAUGCGCCGUUGACGGAUUUGGGGGGUGACAAGGAGUUGGGGAGAGUAUUGUGGCAUUUCCAUGAGAGAGGGAAGCCGACGGCUGUUAUUUGCCAUGGGCCAUAUGCGUUUUUGAGUACGAGGGAGAUUGGGGAUCGGGGGUUUGCGUAUAAGGGGUAUAGGAUUACUUGCUGGAGUGAUGCGGAGGAGAAGGUUAUGGAGACUGUUAUGGGAGGGGAGAUUCCGAAGGUUGAAAGUGCGCUUAGGGAAGCUGGGGCUGACAUGGUGGAGGGGUUGAGUACGAAGGUUGGCGGGAUUACGGUUGAUAGGGAGGUGGUUAGUGGCGCGAAUCCGACGGCGGCGGGGGCUUUGGGGGAGAAGUUCUUGGAGAUGUUAGGUUCUUAG